AUGGAUCACUACAAGACAAAAGAGGAUGUCCUCAAAAUGGGCAUAAUCGACCCCGAGCUUGAAGAAGUUCUCAAACAUACACCCGCUCCCAAGUUUGACUUUUCGCUUCCAGUUGAGCAGCUGAGAGGAAUGGUCGAUGCCAUGGCGAAUAAGCUAUAUGAGACUUGCCCAACAUUCGAUACACAGGAAAAUGUGAUCAAUAUUUCAAUGCGUGACGGAUAUCAAAGUGAGCUCAAUAUAAUCAAGCCAAUCGACUCGUCCUGGGCCAAUCCAGUUGUGGUCCUCAUAUUCGGUGGAGGUUUCAUGAUGGGAUCCAACAUCCAAUGCACUAACUGGGCCCGUGCAAUCGCACACCUAUACAAAGCUACGGUCGUACAACUAUCCUAUCGCCUGGCACCGGAGCAAAAGUUUCCAUCUGCGCCGAACGAUGUAUGGGACACUGUGAAAUGGGUAGCUGCCAACCCAUCCGCUCUCGAUGCGGACCUUUCCAAAGGAUUCGUGAUUGGUGGCGGAUCCGCUGGCGGCAAUCUUUCCAUCGUCACUGCUCACCGUGCAGCAAGGGAAAAGCUUUCCCCUCCGAUCACCGGUGUUUUGACCAGUGUCCCAGUGUGCACGAGUGAAGAAACGCUGCCGGCGAAAUACAAAGAGCUGUGGUUAUCUCGAGAGCAAAAUGCGAAUGCUCCUGGAAAUCCAGGUCUUGACUCAAAGUCCAUUGGAGGGUAUGAGGCCUUGUAUCAGCAAGACUUUCUGUCUGAAGAUUUCACGCCCUUCACCUCCCCACUUCCAUGGUCUGGACUGGCUCUUCCUCGAACGUAUGUUCAGAUCGCUGGAUUGGACAUUCUUCGCGAUGACGGCUUGGUUUAUGCAAAGGCCUUAGAAGAAAGCGGUGUUGAGGUCAAGCUUGAUGCUUAUCCUGGUAUGCCACAUGGGCAUUUUAAUAUCUGGCCUCACUUGAAGCAGUCGAUCAAGUCUCAGGAGGAUACUAUCUGGCAUAUCGGAUGGCUUUUACGCCAGGAAAUAUCCAGAAAAAGGGUGACAGAAGUAGUAGCUAGAAUGAUCUAG